AUGGCUCGCAGAUUCGAACAAGCCAUCCUGGCCGGCGAAGUGGCCGUCAUCGGACCCGGGGCCGUGGGCAGCAUUACCUUCGCCGCUCCAGGCCCAGACUCCAGAGAGAACAAGAAGGGCAAUAAGAGUGGCAAGAUCGAAUUCAGAGCCAUCGGAACUGCAAAGCUCCUGAGCAAUACCGCCGCGGUCGUGGUCAUGAUCGGCAGCGAGUGCGUGGUGCUCGCAAACAUUCCUGCACCCCUUGAGCCCAACGAGACAGUUGAAGCAGUGACCCGGAACUCGAUGAAUACAUUUCUAGAAGUGUGUUACCGCACGAUAAGCCCCGUGGCGCCCCGGAGUUAUGUGAUUGUCGAUGCCAUCGGCCCCAGGAACCGGGCCUGGAAGCUCCCUGAUCGAGUGAGCCUUAUCCGGAGAAUGCUGAGUGAUGCGCAACCGGGGGCUGUACCGUCAGAAGCUGGGUAUGUGUAUCACCGCGUCGCGCCUGAUGUGCCGUUUGGACACGUAUUUGUGGAUGCCAGGGUUCAUCCGCCGAAGCUUUAUGUGAAUGAUGUGGAAAAGAUUCGGGUCUCGGGUUUGUUGAUCGCAGAGGCUAAAUAA